UUUUACAAUUCUGAAAGUUUUUUAAUAAAAAUGUUAAACAAAUGUUGCAUUUUUAACGUGUUAACAUAUUCAAAACGAUUCAACUUUUAUAAUUUGAUUUUUAACCAUAUAUCAGGUUUUAUAUAAAAUAGUUAUACUAAGAAUUUUAUAUAUGUAUAUGCUAUUAUUGUGCUUAUGAAAAUUGAAACCUAAAAGACGUCACUACUCUCGCAAGUCUAUCGGUUCUGCAUGAGUCGUUCAGCACGUUCAAUAAUUACUGACCAGUCACAUUGGAAUGCGAUUUAUUUUAUGGAAUAAACCAAGUUACGAUAUUUGUGGUCCAGAAAUUUGUUCAUCAUCAAAGUGGCUUCGAAGAAGAUUCGAGUAUUAUUGUCCACUGUUUUCCAUUGGGUCUGAUAUGUCAAAUCCUGCAGACCGUUUGAAUUAUCUUCAAGACAGCAGUAGUGAUACAGAGACUGACUGUAAAGAGACAGAUGGACGUGGACGAUUUCGUGUUUGCAAGAAUAAUUUAAGUAAUUCUGGCUCAUCAACUCCAAAACCUUGUCUGGUACAAAAGGAUGGAAGUCAUCCUCGAAGAUGUCAUUCAUUUGAUUCUAGUGGACAGAGAUCAAUAAAUCAUCAGUUCAGAAUGCGCCCAGGAAUUGGAGUGAACAAAACUCAACAGAAUCAAAGUCGUGAAAGUCAUCAGACUAGUAACAUGUCUUCAGCUGCUAGCAAUCAAAUUAGUGACGAUAGAAUUACAUUAAUUGUUGAUAAAACUAGAUUUAUUCUUGAUCCUACUCUUUUCACUGCACAUCCAAAUACUAUGUUGGGCCGGAUGUUUAGUUCAGGCAUUGACUUUGCACAACCAAAUGAACGUGGCGAGUAUGAAGUAGCUGACGGCAUAUCUGCUAUGGUGUUCAGAGCUAUUUUAGAGUAUUACAAAGGUGGUGUCAUUCGUUGUCCACCUACAGUAUCUGUUCAAGAACUUCGAGAAGCUUGUGAUUAUUUACUUGUACCUUUUGAUGCAAAUACUGUUAAAUGCCAAAAUCUUCGAGGAUUAUUACAUGAAUUAUCUAAUGAAGGAGCCCGAUGCCAAUUCGAGGUUUUUCUCGAAGAAUUAAUUUUACCGUUAAUGGUAAAUAGAGCAAAAAAGGGGGAUCGUGAAUGUCAUAUUGUAGUACUUCUUGAAGAUGAUGUUGUUGAUUGGGAUGAAGAGUAUCCACCUCAGAUGGGGGAAGAAUAUUCUGAAACUAUCAAUAGUACAGCAAUGUAUCGUUUUUUUAAAUACAUCGAAAAUCGCGACGUUGCAAAACAAGUUAUGAAAGAGCGAGGUUUAAAAAAAAUUCGCUUAGGUAUUGAAGGGUAUCCUACCUAUAAAGAGAAGGUGAAAAAACGAGCUGGUGGUAGGGCCGAAGUGAUUUAUAAUUAUGUUCAAAGACCCUUUUUACACAUGUCUUGGGAAAAAGAAGAAGCUAAAAGUCGUCAUGUUGAUUUUCAAUGUGUAAAAUCGAAAUCGGUGACAAAUCUUGCAGAAGCAACUGCUGAUCCAGCACUUGAUGCGGGUGGAAAUCCAAUCAAUGCAAUUGCAUUACUUCAGGCAGCUAUUCCAGCUCCUACACCAGAGCUUGCACUUCCGGCUGGAUCCGAUCUCGAUGGAGAAGGUGCUGCUAUGGCUUUACUUGCUGAUGAUCUUGGUCGUUUAGUUACUGAUGAUGCAAUAAAUUUUACGAUUAAAAAAUCAGCCAUCGAAAAAUCUUAUUCAGAGGCAUUACUUAAAAUAUCAUCUGUAUAUUUGAACAAAAAAAUCCCGAAUAUUCCUGAUAUAAAAAUUGAUAAUGCCGACGAAAAAUGGAAUAUGUGGAACGUUUGGAGAACGGUUUUAGAAGAAAAUGAGAAACUUGCACGAGCGAGAUUAGCUGCAGUAGAAGUUUUUCAACAACAAAUUGCUGAUGAUGCCAAAGUUUUGAGAGCACACAAAAUGCAGAUAUCGAAAAAGGCGAUCGAUCAACUGAUGAUAGUACAAAAGGAACUGCAGUUGUGUGUCCAGGAUGUUGAUAAGACGAAGAAGUUAUAUUUCGAUGAAGAGCACAGUGCUCAUGAUGUUCGUGAUAAAGCCAAAGAUAUUGAAGAAAAAUUGAAAAAGAAAAAAGGUUCAUUCUUUCAGUCAAUAACUUCCCUACAGAAAAACAGCGCCAAGGUUACAUCAAAACGAGACGCUCUGGAAGAAAAGUCGACAGGAGCACGUAAUGAUUACUUGUUGAGCCUUGCUGCUGCCAACGCCCAUCAGAAUCGUUAUUUUGCUGUUGAUCUACAGAACGCAAUGCAUAUUCUGGAACAAGGAGUUUAUGAUAAAGUUCAGGAAUACUUAACACUCAUGGGUAGAACUGAACUGCUUACCUGUAUGGCUACUCAAAACAGUUUUGGAAAAAUUCGAGAUCAAGCUCAACAACUUACCAGAGAGUACAAUAUUCAAUGCUGCAAUUUAUAUUACCCAGUAUUAAAACAACACAUACAAUAUGAUUUUGAACCGUGUGAUAACGAUCCAGUAGAUAGGGUAACUGCGGAUCAUUCUGCUGCAACGACGCUAGGAAAAGAAGCCCGACGAUGGUCUGCUAAAAUUGCUCGAGAAAUUAAUAAUAUUAGAGAGAGUACACGAAAAUUACAAGCCCUUCAGCAACUAAAAGAGUCGGGACAGAAGACCGAACCAAAUGAUCCAAACGGACCGGAUAUAGAUACAAAAAUGGACGAAUUAAAGCAAGCAAUAAGACAAGCUGAGACUGCUAAAUUGAAAGCUGAAGCGAGAAUUGAGUGUUUACGCGCUGGUGGAGUAAACGUAGACGAGUUCCUACAGGAAGUUGAAACUUUAAGUGUCCAGGAUAUGCCCCGCUCAGCAAGCUCUUUGUCUGUUAGAACUGAUGCAUCUGGAGUAGCGGAACAUCCAUCGUCAGAUUCGUUUUAUGAUAGUGACAAUGAUGGUGGUAGUGACUUAACGACAGUAGAAAGGCCUGGAAGUGGACGGACGACCUCUCAACAGCAUGAUGAAGAUGUCUACAAUGAACGAGAAAGGCAUGAUAGUGCUGAAGUUGAUGCCCUACUUGAAGAAGAAAAACAACGAAUGGAGCAAAUGGCAGCAGACUGGGACGAUCCAACAUCUAUUGAUUGGGGUACGACGGAUGAAAAAGAAGAGGUUGCAGGGGAGAGUGUAGAAGCUACUGAUUCUAAUGUAGAUAAUCAAAUCUAUAAAUGUACUGCGCUUUAUUCUUACACGGCCCAAAACCCUGAUGAGCUGUCAAUUGUUGAGAGUGAACAAUUAGAAGUUGUCGGUGAAGGUGAUGGAGAUGGUUGGUUGAGAGCGAGAAAUUAUCGUGGAGAAGAAGGAUUUGUGCCACAAAACUAUCUAGAUGUUGAACGAGAAGUUCCAGCUGUUUCUGGUGGACUUAGUUCUCAUGGCCCUGGUCUUACAACGCAAAUUUCAUUUUCAUCUGUAGACUAUACUGUUGAUGAUCAUGAUGCAGUUGAUCCAGAUGCUCAUGUUAUAGCUGCAGAACCAGUUCAAAUGAUGCCUGAAGAUGAGCCUGUUGUUGAUCACAAGUCUGAAAAUUAUUGUAUUGCUCUUUACGAUUAUGAUGCAACUUGUGAUGAAGAACUCACUUUUAUGGAAGGCGAUGUACUUAGAGUUAUAAGAACUGAACCUCACGAUGUAGAUGAUGGCUGGUGGGAAGGUGAAAUUCAUGGUAAAAUAGGACUUUUCCCUUCACUAGUUGUUGAACCAUGUGCUCCUGAUGGUUCUCCGUUAACACCACAGGAGAAUGUAACACCGCCAAGUUCAGCGCCACCAGUAUUUACUCCUCCAGAUGUUCCAGAGUUUGUUUUAGCAGAUGAAAUUACUCGUGCAAUGUUUAAUGUAGAUUCCGGUGAAGAAAAACCUACUAUAGUUAAUGGCGAGUCAGAUGGAUUCUCUAUGAUUUUGCCUAAAGAUCAGAAAGAUCAUUAUGGAAGUCAAUUUGAAGAUGAUGAAAAAGACAAUGAAGGUCCGGGUAUAAUAGUCGUUCAAGUUACGGAUGAAACUAGUAUCCAGCAGGAAGAUGAGCAAGAUAGAGAAAAAGUGGGAGAAAGGCCUAAGACAAUAUCCGAUAAAAUACCUGAUAAUCAAGAUAAUGACUCAGGUCUUGGAGUAGCUCAAAUUGUCAUCACAGCUGCCACACCAAUGGAAGAAAUAGAUCGUCCAUUUCCAGGAGAGCCUGAAAUGACAGAAGAAACAAAAAAAGAAGAUGUUGAUACUGAAGUGGUUGAAAAUGAUGAACAACCUCCUGAAGUUAUUCAAGAUGAAACUAAAGACACCAAAGAUUGCAAAGGAGGUAAAGAAAAAAAAAUUUCUGAACGAACAGACACUGAAGAAACUGAAGAAAAAUCAACUGUUGACGAUCAACCGGCAGAUUCUGCUCCAUUUCCUAUAAGUAGCAGCUCUGGAAGCGAAGCUGAUUCAACUUCUGGGCCUAGUACAGCUGAAAAUUCUGCUUCACUGCCUUCGCGAGGUACUGUUAUUGAAAUGCAAAUAGAAAAUGAAACAAGCGACGAACAACCCGAAAUUAUUCCUGAGAAAAUGUUAGUUGGUGGACGGGCUAGUAUUCCAGAUGAACUUCAGCCUGAUCAGCUGGAGAAAUUACAAAAUUUAAAAGAAUCGAACGCCUAGGAUUGACUAGACCUCGGAGAUGAGAAUUAUCCUGCCUUAAAUAACAAACUGGCUCUUCCGAAAAAUCAUCAAAAUAAAUUUCAGAAUUUAUUGGAAUUCUGGAGUUCUCCAGAGGUCAUUGGGAGUAAAGACUAACGCAUUUACCUUGCCCAUAUGUCGCGAACAUCCCAUCGUUCCCUUUCUAAUUGAUUGAAUAUUUUUAUGUUGAUAUUAUUAUGUACACAACUCUUUUCUAGGCAAUACUCUAGUGACUUAUUGUACGUUGCGAUUUUUGCAGCGGAUUAAAACGCUAUGACAAACCGAAUCAUGAAAUAAAUACAAAUAUUAAUUGUACAGUCAUUAAAGUAAAUAAUAAAUAAUAUUGUCAAUAUA